AUGAAGUUGAAGAACAAGAACAUAAUGGAACGACUAGCCGCUGCAUCGACGUUUGUAAAGAAGAAAAUCCGUUCGAGGCGAUCUCGACGAAGACGCUCUCAGGUCGCUCCAUUUGUUUUGCGAAAUCAGACUGUUGAUCUCUCCGUCCAUUCCAGUUCUUGUUCUUAUUUUUUCGACGCCAAUGAUGUUUCUUGCGAUUCAAGCGGAUUUUCGAAUCCGAAGAAGAGGAGUUUCGAUGUAAUUCAAGGUGGAUAUGGAGCUAAGAAUCAAGGAAAUGAAGGAGCUGGAGAGUCACAGUUUACGAGGAUCACGAGAUCGCAUUACGAGAAGGGAAGAGAAGCUAUAGGAAACGAAGUUGAAGUACUGAGUGAAUCUUCUUGCGUCGAAUCCAAUUCUGGAGCUGAUUUUCGUCUUUUUUGUGAACGAAGUUCUAAGUUAAAGAAAACGAGCGAUAGUUCUAAGGAAAUUGAGAGAAACGACGCGGUUUCGGUGGCGGUAACGCAAUCGGAUGUUUCCUGCAUCGAGGUGAUUCAUGAUGAAAUCUCAAAACUCUCUUCGAAGUUUAAGGAAAACGACCUCGUUUCGUCGACGUCCGGUUUUGAGUUCUGCUCAACAUCGAACUUCGACACUGCAGUUGAAGAUAAUGAAAACGACGUCGUUGACGCCAAUUUCACCGUUUCGAACUCGAAGUUUGUAGGAUAAAAAUCCGAAGAGCGUCGCGGUUUAGAUUCUUCACAACUCGUUUGUGACGAACAGUUGUCAUUGGAGGAAGUCGUAUCUGAUUACUCAUCAAGUCAUCGGACUCUGUUUUCUGAGCUGCAAUCCAUCAUUUUCCCUGAAAGUUCGGAUUUAGAUUUCUCAGACUACACUCCUCUUUUAUAUGAUUCCGGAAGCCAAUUCUCUGAUCAGAAAUCGACCGAUGAAUCUCCGACUUCAUUGACUUACUCUCUUUUUCUCGAUUUCAAACAACAAUUCUCCAGAUCAACAUCUCCUUUAGAUCCUAAAUUUGCUUCAAGCGCUGUAGAUGAGUGUCAACUUUAUCCUACAUUGGUGAGGUUUGAAGAUGAGGAAGACGAGGAGAGUUACAAGAGGUUUAGGGAAAGAGAAAGAAGGCAGGUGUUUUUGCGUGAUUAUGCCGAGGAAUACCGAUUCACAACUGACCAUGGCGAUCUUAUUCUCCAGCAACGUUCUUUCAUGAUCCGUUGGAUCGUUGAGCAAAGUACUGCAAAGGAGUUUCAGCAGGAAACCAUAUUCCUUGGAGUUAGCUUGCUUGACAGAUUCUUAAGCAAAGGAUUCUUCAAAAGUAGAAGGAGCCUUCAGAUCGUUGGAAUAGCCUGUCUUACAUUGGCCACCAGAUUAGAAGAAAAUCAGCCCUACAACAGUGUGCGGCAAAAGAACUUUUACAUUGGGAGCAACAAGUACAGUAGAAAUGAAGUGGUGGCCAUGGAAAGACUGGUGAUGGAGUGUCUCAACUUCCAAUGUUUUCUGCCUACUAUCUAUAAUUUCUUAUGGUUCUAUCUCAAAGCAGCCAAGGCUGAUGCAGAGGUAGAAAAGAGGGCCAAGUAUCUGGCUGUGGUUGCACUGUUGGACCACAAACAGCUGCGCUAUUGGCCAUCGACAGUUGCGGCAGCGAUUGUCAUAAUGGCUUCUAUGGAUGCCAAUCAACAUGGAUCGUACCACCAAGUCAUCGAGAUUCAUAUGAGAACCAAAGAUAAUGAUUUGCCUGAAUGCAUGACGAGCUUGGACUGGUUGGUACAGUACUUAAGCUGCAGCAUGGCAAAGAAAAGGGCCCUGAACACAUACCGUUUCCAUUAUUUGCCUUAUAAUUGA